UGGAGUUUUAUUGAAAUAUUAGAUUAACAUGGAGACCUUCUUGAAGGUAACCACUUAUUUGUGCUAAACUUAUGCUCAUAGAAAGGACUUGAUAAUGACAAUUACUUGCCUGAAGGAACUAUCCAAAUUUUAGGAGUUCCAUUUCAGAGUAACUCUGAUAGUGACUCAGGCGCCACUCAUGCUAUCCACGCCACUCCAGACUGUUCUUUCAUGCUGUAUGAGUUAAUACAGUGAUACUUAAAGAAAAACUUCCAAGUGAUCACAGUCAUGAGCAACAAGUCUCCCACUCAUUACUUGGCUGCCAUGAAGAAAAUGAGAAUCAACUACACAAGCUAUGCUUCGAAGGGCCAGCUCAGUUACUUAGAUUUGUUCAGUGCUCCGUUUGAAGACCUAGACUUUACUUCUGUGCCUCUGAGUGAUACAUGUCCGCCUACAUUCGACCCAGCCGCAAGUUUCAAAGACUUGAUCAGAGUUUCUUUUGACUCAGACUCUGAAGCGAUCACAAACUUAACAAAGCUAGCCAAGGAAGUGCAGAAGUGAAUCAAAGUUGGACAGUUCACUGGAGUAGUCAUUCUCUUCGACACCCUGAACCCUCUCAUGGACUCAUUGGGAGCCUCAGACCUCGAAGUCUUGCAGUUCAUUCAGACAAUGCAGGAGUGUUGUGCACAACUCAGGACACAGAAACAGUCUGUCAAAGAAGUAGCCGAGCCUCAAGAAGACAGUGGAGAUGACUACUACGAUGAAGACAGUGAUGACUCCGAUGACAUUGCAGCUAUGAGGGCCAGAAGAGGCCUCCCACCGAAGCCUGCAGCCAAAGCUGCUGAAGAGUCGAAGUCUGAGGGUGGUCAACAUUUAGUGGCUAAUCUUGUAUUCACUUUUGACGCCGACUUGUUUUUGACUCAGAGCGACAAAUCAUUCUACGAAGAACUGAUCAUGAGCCAGUCUGACUUUGUGCUGGAAGUGCAUGCUAACGAAAGCGGAUACAGCAAAGAUUUGGAUGGAACGUUGAUUCUGAAGAAGAACCUGUUCGAAGAGUCUCUACUGACAAAGAUUCAACACAAAGCCAAGACUAAGUUCAAAGUGAAAGAAACAGCAGUUGAUUAUUUUGAGUAUUUUACGUUUUAGGUGGUGUAUUUUCAAUGAAAUCUAAA